CUGUUGAUCACAUGAUUUCAAAAUGGUAGAUAUAUAUAGAUCGUUCUGUUGGAAAACAAAAUCUCUAUUUGUUAGUUCGACAUUACUGUUUAUAUUCUUUGAUGUAGUUCGAUGUGAUUAUUUUCCCACUCUUUAUCCAAGAGAAUCAGAAACAAGAGAAGUCAAGGAGCUAAAUGGGUUAUGGAACUUCAGAGCAGAUAUGUCAGUCAACAGAACUCAAGGCUUUGACGAUAAAUGGUAUAUGUCACGACUUGAAAAGACAGGACCAGUUAUACCAAUGCCUGUACCAUCAAGUUAUAAUGAUGUGACACAAGAGAAAUCUUUACGAGACUUUACAGGAUGGGUUUGGUAUGACAAGGAGUUCUUUUUGCCUCUAUCAUGGAAAGGACAGAGGGUUGUGGUUAGAGUAGACAGUGCACGAUAUUAUGCUAAAAUGUGGAUAAAUUCUGUGUUUUUAGUUGAACAUGAGAUGGGACAUUUGCCUUUCGAGGCAGAGAUACAAGAUACUGCAAAGUUUGGAUCUCUGAACUAUUUAACAGUAGCGGUUGAUAAUACACUAACACCCACUACACUGCCACCUGGUGAAAUAGUGUAUAAACAUGGCAAUUAUCCCCCACAUUUCUUCAUUCAGAACUUAAACUUUGGAUUUUUUAACUAUGCUGGUAUAGACAGACAGGUUCGUUUGUAUACAACACCACUUGUACAUGUAUCUGAUGUCCGUGUUGUAACAGAUUUCACAAAUAAUGGAGGUUCAAAUACUGGUACUGUCCAUUGGACGAUAACAACAAACUCUGAAAAGGUCAAAGUUCAGGUGGAAGUUGUUGAUGCUGAUAGUAACACUGUUGCCAUGGGAGAAGGUAUCCAAGGUCAAGCUACUGUUUCAAAUGUUAAGCUAUGGUGGCCAUAUUCAAUGGUUAAAACUGGAGCUGCCUAUAUGUAUGUAUUACAAGUCACAGUAAAAGAUUCUACAAGUGCAUCAACAGAUAUUUAUAGACAGCCAUUUGGAUUCAGGACUGUUAACAAAACUAACACACAGUUACUGAUUAACAACAAACCAUUUUAUUGUCAUGGUGUGGCAAAACAUGAGGAUUAUGAUCUUAGAGGAAAAGGUUUGGAUAUGGUUAGUGUAGCUAAAGAUUUUAACAUAUUGAAAUGGUUAGGUGUGAACUGUUUUAGAACAUCCCACUACCCCUAUGCAGAGGAAAUAAUGGACCAAGCUGAUCAUCAAGGCGUUGUAGUAAUUGAUGAAUCACCUGCUAUAGGAUUAAUCUAUGAAGGUAAUUAUGGGAACAAGACCUUGACCUUACACCUUCAAGCCAUGAGGGAGCUAGUAUCCAGAGAUAAGAACAGGCCUGCUGUUAUAGCAUGGUCUCUAGCUAAUGAACCUAAUUCUAGAUUAAGUAUAUCUGGUCCUUACUUCCAACAGGUAUAUGAUUUGACAAAGGCCUUGGAUCCAUCUAGACUGGUAACCUUUGCUUCAAGUAACAGUAACCCAUUGACUGAUCAUGCAAUGAACAUAGUUGACAUUAUUAUGGUAAACAUCUAUUUUGGGUGGUACCAAGACACAGGUUACCUGCAGACAAUUCCAUACCAGGUACCACCAACUUUGGGAGGUCUAUUUAAGCACUACAAUAAACCUGUAAUGGUUUCAGAAUAUGGAGCAGAAACUUUAACAGGAUUACAUACAAGUCCAUCAUUUACAUUCUCAGAAGAAUAUCAGAAGGACUUACUUAUUCAGUAUCAUCAAGUAUAUGAUGAGCUUAGAAAAGAGUAUCUAGCUGGGGAAAUGAUCUGGAACUUUGCUGAUUUCCUUAUUGAUCAAAAAACUAAUUGGGCAUAUGGUUGUAACAAAGGACUAUUUACAAGACACAGACAACCUAAAAUGGCCGCUUUUACUGUUAGAGAGAGAUAUCUGAAAAUGAUUAAUGAAACUCAGAAGUACCAGAACUAAUAAAGGGAUAAACUUUUGAUAAUCAUAUACUAGUAUAUAUAUAUAUAUAUAUCAUGUUAAUAUCAGGUAUAUAUAGAUAUAUGUGAACUAAAACAAAACGCGUCUCUUAAAUUAAAAUCUAUAUCAAAGAUACGAAUGAUUUACUAUCAUAACUAUACAUACUCAAGGUUUUUUUAAAUUUUUUUUAUUUCUUUGUUUCAUACAUUCCAAGUUUACAGUAAAAGCAUUCCUACCUCAUACCAUAUUUAUAUCACUCUAAUUUUGUUAAUCAGAGUUUACAAUUUUAAUAAGAUCACAAAUUUACUGAUUGAAAAAAAAAGAAAUUACUAAAUGGUAUGAUUUGAUAAUGACUUUAUCCAAUAUUUUUCUUAGAAAACCUUGACAAACAAGUAAGGGCUAAUUAUGGCCUCAAAUUUCAGGUUCAUCUAACGAAAGAUUUUGGACACUUUUUAAACACUUAAAAUCUAUUUCAAUUGAUUCAAUUGGUUUUUUUGAAAGAUUUUAAGUCAUUAAAAACGCUCUGAUUGAAGCUGUAAUAUGAAAAAUCAAUCUAAUAUGCCAAAAAACGUCACUUUUCAGAUGUUUUUUUGUCAAAAAUGAAAGUGGCUGCAUCUGUGUUCAUCCUCAACCUUUAUAUAUGUUAUGUAUUAUCAUCAAAUACAACUUACAUUUCAAUAUUAUGGAUGAACACAAAUGCGGCCACUUUCAUUUUAGACAGAAACUGUAUAAAAUUUAACUCAAACGCUAAAAUUGUAAAGAUUUUAGUAAUCUUGCAUGACUAAAUGAUGCUAGUACAUGAUGUAUGUGCAUUGUAUUGUCAAAAACAGACCAUAUUUAUGUAGCAGAAUACUUUCCAAUAAAUAGCUAAAAGAUUACAUUUUCACAAUUUUGUAAAACUGCUAUAUUUUGGGGCCAAAAAGGGGUCUUACUGAACCUACUCAUUUCUCUUCAGUGCAAUAUGUUAUUUUGAUAUUUUAGGUUGAAAAAUUACAACGAAUUUUCAAACUUUUUUAUGCAACCCCAAGAAAAAUUGCCACAAGAUUUUUUUUCAAGUUUUGACCUAAAUCACAUAAUUAUCAAAUAAGCACAACACUGUAUUUUUUGGCAAUUUUUUAAUGAGGUUAAAGGAUACGAAGAGAGAAGGUUUAAUAAUCAGUUUGAAAAUGUUGUACAAUGUAUUGUGUUUUUUAAUAAUUAAACGUAGUAGGCAAGUUAUAUAUGUUCGUAUUUAUAAAUUGUUACUGUCACAAAUAUAGGAGGAUCUUAGUUUUAUUUGCUUAAAGCUUAUUAACAUGUUUUAAUUUUUUUUAAAGACUAAUGUGGGAUGCUUUUAGUAUUUUUUAAUUAAGGAAAGCCUACACUAAUUAUACAAUAAAAUGAUAUUUAUAGAAAGGUUGUAGCAUUGUUUUCAUUAACGAGACAACAAAAGAAAAAGAUGAUACUUAAAUUUUUUUUUAAUAAUUUAUGUACAAUGUUAGAUGACUUUGUGAUAUUAUUGAUGUAAGGAGGUUGUAGUAGUCUUCUUAUG